AUGGCUCUGAUCGGACGGCGAGGUCUUUUCCCAUGUCCGUCUUUGUCACCUCUCCGCCUCCCCUCUUCACGUCGUCCCACCCCUCUCUCCCCCUUCCUCCCCCUCUCUUCUCGCUCUCCCCCUCUCUUGCCCGCUCCCCCCUCUCUUCCCCUCUCUCCCCCGCUCUCCCCCUCUCCCCCGCUCUCCCCCUCUCUCCCCCGCUCUCCCCCUCUCCUCCCCGCCCCUCCUUCCUGGCAGCUGGCGGACGAAUCCGUGGCUGCCACGUGUAUCAAUACCAUCCGCAUGCUGGUGGUCGAUGCAGUCAACAACGUCAACGCGGGGCACCCCGGGUCCGCCAUGGGGUUGGCGCCACUUGGCGCGCUGCUAUUCGCCGAGGAGAUGCGCUUCGACCCCGCCGAUCCCGCGUGGCCCAAUCGCGACCGCUUCAUCCUGAGCAACGGCCACGUGUGUCUGCUGCAGUACUGCCUGCUUCAUCUAACGGGAUACGAUCUCCAGAUGGAGGACCUGAAGCGGCUGGCGAAGCUGGGGAGCAAGACGCCAGGGCACCCGGAGAACACACUCACACCAGGGAUAGAGGUCACCACAGGUCCCCUGGGGCAGGGCUUUGCGAAUGCGGUGGGGGUGGCGGCAGCAGAGGCGCACCUGGCUGCUCGCCUCAACACUGUUGACUUCCCUGACCUCAUUGACCACCACACUCGUCCUAAUGCUUGUCGUAUCGUAUGUGCUUCUCGCUACAGUCUCGAAUCCUCGCCUUGCCUCCUCCCCUGCGUGUUGCCCGUGCGCCUGCCGUCCAGGUUCGUUGUAUUUGGCGACGGCUGUGCCAUGGAGGGCGUGGUGAAUGAGGCAGCGUCCCUGGCGGGCCACUGGGGGCUGGGCAAGCUCAUCGCCUUUUACGACUCCAACCAGGUCACCAUAGACGGCAGCACGGACCUUGCCUUCUCAGAGGACGCCCUGGGCCGCUUUGCCGCGCUGAGGUGGCACGUGCAGCGAAUCACACUACGUGAUGCGGCUGACCUGGAUAACCUGCGAGCCACCAUUCAAGCCGCCAAGAACGAAGCCCACCGGCCAUCCCUCAUUCAAGUGGACACGGUGAUUGGGUUCGGUUCGCCUAAGAAGCAGGGCACCAGCGCGGCCCACCAUGGGGCGUUUGGGCCCGAGGAGACUGAAGCUAUUCGGAAGACGCUCAAAUGGCACUACAGCGACCCGUUCACUGUUCCAGAGGAGGUUUACCGGGUCAUGCAUAGCGCGGCUGCGCGGGGCCAAUUAGAAGCUGCCAGCUGGAGGGAUCAAGCGGCACAGUACCGGCAGCGCCACCCGGACCGGGCGGUGCUUUUGGACGCACUCACGGUGCCUGGGCGGCUGCCAGCUGGCUGGGAGGACUCAUUGCCGCACUUCGAACCAUCAACUCCGCCUGAUGCUACCCGCGGUUACUCAGAGGCAUGUCUGAAUGGCCUCGUGCACUCGCUGCCGAACCUUUUGGGCGGCAGUGCUGACCUGGCAUCCUCCAAUAAGGUGGCAUUCCACGGGCUGUCGGUCUUCUCCCGGGAGUGCUUUGGGGGGCGCAACUUCCACUACGGCGUGCGCGAGCAUGCCAUGGCUGCAAUAAGAAACGGCCUCGCCCUGAACUCACAGGCGCUCAUGCCAGUGGCUGCCGCACACCGCACGCUGCACCUUGCUUUCACGCGCCAUAAGAAAAAUCUCAGCCUCACCCUCCCCAACCCUCUCAUCCCCCCCUCCAGCAACGGCCUUGCUCUGCACUCACGGGCGCUCAUUCCAGUGGCCGCCACCUUCCUUGUCUUUCCUGACAACCUGCACCCCCCAAAUUUCUUUCCUCUCCCUCUCUCCCCCCCUCCCCCCUCCCCCCUCCCCCCGCCCCCCCCCCCCAGCAACGGUCUCGCCCUGCACUCACGCGCGCUGAUCCCAGUGGCCGCCACCUUCCUUGUCUUUUCUGACUACAUGCGGCCGGCGCUGCGCCUCGCCGCCCUCUCUGCCGCCCGGGUGCUCUUUGUCUUUACCCACGAUUCCAUCGGGCUGGGGGAGGACGGCCCAACGCACCAGCCAGUGGAGCACAUCCCAUCCCUCCGGGCAAUCCCCAACCUCCACGUCAUCCGCCCCGGCGACGCCACCGAGACAGCUGGCGCCUACGUGGUGGCGAUCCGGCGCAGCGUGGGGCCCACGGCGAUCCUGCUGUCCCGUCAGAAGCUGACAGCUCAGCUCCGGGGGUCGUGCAGGGAGGGGGUGUUGAGGGGGGGAUAUGUGCUGGGAGGUGGGGGAGGGGAAGGGGAGGAGGGAGUGGGGGAGAAGUAUGGAGGGAAGAAGGGAGAUGAGGGAGAGGGAGGAGGUGGUGCUGGAUUGGAUUUGAUUCUGAUUGGGUCGGGAUCAGAGCUGGUGCUCUGUCAGGAGGCUGCUGAGAAACUUUGCCACGAAGGGUACAGCGUGCGGGUGGUGUCACUCCCCUGCUGGGAGCUCUUCAGGCAGCAGCCUAGGGAGUAUCGGGACGCUGUGCUGCCGCCACGUGUCACCAAACGACUGGCUGUUGAGGCUGCUCGCUCCCAGGGCUGGUGCGAGUGGGUGGGACCUGAGGGGUCUGUCCUCUCUGUUGAGCGAUUCGGCUACAAGUCCACUGCUCGCAUCCCCUCCUCUCACACCCCUCUUCCCACAACCCUCCUUCCACACCUUUUCUCCCACACCUCUCCUUCCACACCCCUUCUCCCACACCUCUCCUUCCACACCCCUUCUCCCACACCUCUCCUUCCACACCCCUUCUCCCACACCUCUCCUCCUACCCCCCGGCUCCCACAACUACACUCACCCCACACACCCCUAGCCCCAUACACACCCCUCAUCCCACACCUUUCAACCCACGCAUCCCAUCUCCUCCACCCCCUCCUUCCCGAUCCCCCUCCCCUCACACCCCUCCUCCCACACCCACACGUCCUCACCCCAUCCUCACCCCAUCCUCACCCAUCCUCACCCCAUCCUCACCCAUCCUCACCCCAUCCUCACCCCAUCCUCACCCAUCCUCACCCCAUCCUCACCCAUCCUCACCCCAUCCUCACCCCAUCCUCACCCAUCCUCACCCCAUCCUCCUGUGCUCACACACCUUCUCCCAGACCCUUCUCCCCGCACUCCCUUUCCUCUGUUGUACCCCUCAACCCACGCCCCUCCUCCCACACAUUCUUACUCCACACACCCCUUCCACUCCAUCUCCUUGCACUCCCUCCCCCACACUCCUCUCUCUUUCCCUCUGCUCCCCACACUCCCACUUACCCUCCUUGCUCAUUCCCUUCCCUUCCCUGCCCUGAACCUAGCCCGGCUCUCAUGCUGUCCAUCACACAGGCUGCUCUCAUGCUGUCCAUCACACAGGCUGCUCUCAUGCUGUCCAUCACACAGGCUGCUCUCAUGCUGUCCAUCACACAGGCUGCUCUCAUGCUGUCCAUCACACAGGCUGCUCUCAGCAGACUGUCCGCUGGGAGGGCGGCACCUGGCAGUGCUGCUGCCGGGGCUACAGAAGGGGGUGUGGUGGGAAUGGGGAUUGUGCUGCAGCAGGGGGUGUGGCAGGGGUUGGCAGUGGUGCAGUGGGUACGGCAGGUGUUAGUGGUGGUGCUACAGCAGAGGCAGGAAGCGCAGGUGGAAAGGGCAAGGCAUGUGGCCGCGACGAUGGAGGCAGGUGCUGUGGUGAGACGGUGUCGGAAAGGCUCGCAGAGGCACACGCAGCAGCACUAA